AUGACCAAAAUCGCCAUCAUUGAACCUGACACUCCUACCGAUAAGGUUUACGAAGCUUACGGCACGUAUGGCAAUAUCUUCUCACGCCUUCUUGAGAUUGGAGGCAUUGACCUGGGUAGCACUGAAAGACCUGCUACUAUUAAGUCAUACAACAUUGUCGAAAACCCUACAAACUACCCCUCUCUGGAUGUUGAUUCACCUGAGCGGCCUGACGUAAUCCUUAUUACUGGCUCUCGCUUCAAUGCUUACGACGACACAGAUUGGAUUGUGGCUCUUGUUGAAUUUGCACGCAAGUGUUUGUUUGAGCAGCCUGCCGACAAACCCAUUCGUGUGAUUGGUAUUUGCUAUGGUCAUCAGAUUAUUGGCCGGGUUUUGGGAUCUAAGGUUGGGCCCAACCCUAAGGGCUGGGAAGUCAGUAGCACCAAGAUCACCCUCUCUGACAAGGGCAAGGAGAUUUUUUCAGAGUUUGCCGAAGCUGGAUAUUUCAAUAUUAUGGAGAUGCACAGAGACAUUGUGUUUGACAUUCCUCCCAAUGCUGGUGAAGAUGUUUACAUUUUGGGAUCAACAGACGUUUGCGAGAUUCAAGGACUUUAUAAACCUAAGACCUUUUUGUCGUUGCAAGGUCACCCUGAGUUUGACAAGUUUAUUGAGGAGGAAUUACUUGUUGAUCGUCAUAAGAAGGGUCUUUUUACCGAUGAGUUUGUGGCUGAUGGUUUGGCCCGUGCUGGUGACACAAAUGAUGGAAAUACCCUGGCCAAAGCUAUGGUCCGUUUUAUUUAUGAGUAA